AUGUGCGUCAUCCUGUCAGCUCGUAAAAACACUGUGUUGACAUGUUGCCCCAGGCGACGCGCCUUGCUCACUCGCCACUCCUUGCGGCUCCGGCUCCGGCUGCGGCUCCGAGCGCGCGGGGGCUUGGUCACCAUGAGCCGCAGCGGCAGCAGCUCCUCGGGCUCCAGGCUGCUCGACGACGCGACCAGCGACGCUGCCCUCGGAGCCUCGCCGGCGCUCCAGGAAACUUACGAUCAUCAUUUGGAGGUCCCAGCCACUUGGGAGCAACUAAACCACUAUCGGAAUGUGGCCGAAAAUGCUCAGAGCGAACUGGCAGCGACUUCGGUCAAGUUCGAAUGUGCUCAGACGGAGCUCCGAGGCCUCCGGUCCAAGAUGCUCUCAAAAGAAGCUUCCUGUCAGGAGUUGAAAGUUGAAAUGGAGAGCUAUAAAGAAGACAAUGCUCGGAAAUCAUCUCUCCUCUCGUCUCUGAGAGACAGGGUGCGGGAAGUAGAAGAAGAAUUGGCAGCGCUUUCUUCAUCUAAAAUUAGAACCGACAUCGCAGCUCACGCGGCCAUCAGGGAGAGCCAGGGGCUAAAGAAGAAAGUUAUAGCAUUGGAAGAAAACUUACAAAAGAGCUGGAGGGAAACCGAGGCGGAGAAGAAUGAAGGCCAGAGGAACCGCAGGCAGCAGCAGGAGUUUCUCGCUCAGCUUCGUGACUGCUUGGAUCCGGAGAAGAAGAGCGAGGAAGCGUCAGAGGAAGAGUUGAUGUUAAAGCUUCGGGAACUGUGCAAGGAAAAUGCAUAUGCAAAGGGGCAGAUUGCUACCCUUGAAGAGGCCAUAAGCACCCAUGAGACGGAAGCAAAGGCUAGCCGGGAGACGAUCAUGAGGCUGGCCGAGGAAGUCAACAGGCUGCAGGGGAAAGCCGCCUCCUGUCUGGAGGCAAAAGACAAACAGAGCCAGGACUUGCUCAGGGCGGUCGAGGCAAAAGAAGCUCUCGAAAAGGAAGUCAAGGUCUUCCAAGAAAGGCUGCGCGCUGGCCAGCGGGUCUGGGAUGCCUUGAAGCAGGAGCUGAGCCACCUGAAGAAAACGUCUUCUGAGCUGGAGAAGAGUUUGAAGGCCAGUCUGGACCAGGCUGCGGCCUCCCAGAGCCGGCACGCCUCGUUCCGGGAGAAGAUCGCAGCCCUCCUGAAGGGCGGCUGGGGCACCUCGGGGCCCACGGAGGACGCCGUUCUGGAGAGGAUUCGUGAAAUGAGCAGCCAGAAAGAGAGCAGGAAAAGGAUUGUUUCCCAGCUUGAAGCCCAAAUAUCCAAGCUUGUUGAACAGUUGGGGAACGAGACGGGGCUGCACCAGAAAGCUCUGCAGAGGGCCCAGAAAGCAGAGAACCAGUUGGAGGAUCUCCAGGAUCAACUGACACACCUGGAGGAGGAGCUGGUUUCUGGAGAUUUUUUGCGAGACAACUUGCAUUUUGAGAAACAAAAAUAUCUUAAAUUUCUGGAUCAGCUUUCCGAGAAGAUGAAGUUGGACCAGAUGGCUGCUGAACUUGGCUUCGACAUGCGUCUGGACGUAGUUUUAGCUCGUGCAGAGCAGCUGGUCCGCCUCGAGAGCCACGCCGUCGUUCAAAACAAGACGAUUGCCCACAAUUUGCAGAGAAAGCUAAAGACUCAGAGAGAACGGCUGGAGAGCAAAGAGCUGCAUAUGAACCUGCUCCGGCAGAAGAUUGCCCAGUUGCAGGAGGAGAAGCAGGCGCGCACGGCCCUGGCUGUGGAGAGGGACGAGGCCACGCUCACCAUCAGGAAGCUGGAGAAGAGGGUGGACAGGCUGCAGAAGGAGCUGAGUGCGUGCCGAGAAUCGAACAUUGCGCUCAAAGCCAAACUUGCUGACACCAAUGAGCUGAAGAUUAAAACCUUGGAACAAACCAAAGCCAUCGAAGACCUAAGUGAAUCCAGAGACAAACUGGAGAAGAUGAAGGAGAACGCUGAGAGGAAGCUCCUGUCCCUUAAGGCAGAACUUGACACCACAGAGCAGGAGGCCAAGGAGCGCCAAGAGAGGACCCAGAGCAUGAUGGGAGUGGUGACCAGUGAGAUGAAGACCCUAAAGAAAUCGCUGGAGGAGGCAGAAAAGAGGGAAAAGCAGCUGAUGGACUUCAGAGAAGUGAUUUCCCAGAUGUUGGGCCUGAGGGUGACCAGUCUCGCCCUUCCUGACUAUGAAAUCAUCAAGUGUCUUGAAGGAUUGAUCCACUCCCACCAGCACCAUUUUGCCACCCGUGCCUGCCUCAGUGAUGUGCUCACCGGACAAGACAGGCAUCUGACAGACCUCUUAAAGCCGCUUCCUUAAGCACCCGUGUCUCUGGGAAGAGGUGGAGCGAAGAGAUGGGACACAGCUCCCAAGUUCACAUGCCUCUGA